GCUGCGGCUGCGAUGCCGCGCGCGUUCCUCGUCAAGGCGCGCCGGGCGCGCAGCUUCCACGCGCCGCGCGCCCUCGGCCACGACAGCGGCGGGCGCGCGCUGCAGAACAUGCUGGACAUCUGCUGCGAGCUGCAGCUCGUCGUGGAAGGAGAGCAACUGGACGCCGACCACGUGACCCAGGGCCCUCACUCGAGCCCAGCGGGAGGCUUGGUCGGUUGGGGCUCUCCUCCACCAUUGGGGCACGAGCCGGGGCCACCAGCCGAGACCCCACCAAGCAACCCCGGUGCUACAGAGGACGCCGGUCACACCUACACGUGUCUACGGUGCCAGAAGCGCUUCGCCACGCCGCACGGGCUCGAGGUGCACGCGCGGCGCGCCCACGCCGGCACGCGCCCCUUCGCCUGCCCGCUGUGCCACAAGACGUUCGGACACGCGCUCAGCCUGGAGAGGCAUCGAGCCACACACGCGCAAGAGCGCAGCUUUGUGUGCAAGAUCUGCAGCAAGACGUUCAAGCGCUCGUCCACGCUCUCCACCCACCUGCUCAUCCACUCGGACACGCGGCCCUUCCCCUGCAUCUACUGCGGCAAGCGCUUCCACCAGAAGUCCGACAUGAAGAAGCAUACGUUCAUACACACAGGGGAGAAGCCGCAUCGCUGCGGGGUGUGCGGCAAGGCCUUCAGCCAGAGCUCCAACCUCAUCACGCACGCGCGCCGACACGCCGGCGCGCAGCCCUUCCCGUGCGCGCACUGCGGCCGCGCCUUCCAGCGCCGCGUCGACCUGCGGCGGCACGUCGACAGUCUGCACGGAGCCGGAGCCGCCGUCGCCGCCACCGCCGCCGUCGUCAGCUUCGUGGUGCCGAGCUACGAGGGCCGGCAGCUGUACGACGCGCUGCUCUGGGCGGCGUGCCCGCGACUGCCCCUCGCCGGCGGCGGCGGGGGCGGCGGUGGCGGCGAGGGGCGGCCCUGCCACCCCGCCUGCCCCGGCGGGCCUCCGCCAGAGCUCGCGUGGCACUCGUGCCGCGCGUGA